AAGCUGCCUUGCAUUCAAAAACAUACGGCAACGCUGCAAAUUAAUGGCGUGGUGCCACUCCGCAUAAAAUCGUCCAGAGUUUUUCUUUUUUUUGUUUUUAGCAAUAUACGCGCCGUAAACCAAACAGCAUUAACGGGCGAAAAUGUCAAUUUCCUUCGGCUCUCUAUAACCAAACCAGAGUAUAUUGAUUCGGGCCGUGUGAUUGCGAAUUUCGAAAGUAGCGGCUUGCAAAAUUGCCAAAAACUUUUGCCGCUGCCUGGCAGUUGUUAAAAGAAGCGCCAACGUGAGCGAAGAUGGCUGACAUUGUGUACCCCACCGGAUGUCGGCCGCUGGUCGAGGACCUGGGCACUGACGAGCUGAUACGCCGCCUGAAGACUCUCGCCAAUGUGCUGCAGACCAUGGACCAGGACGAUAAUCUCUACCAGCAGUACAUACCGCUGGCCCUGCAUCUGCUGGACGAUUUCUUCAUGCAGCACACGUCGCGCGACGUCCAGUUGCUUAUUGCCUGCUGUGUAGCGGAUGUCCUGCGGGUGUAUGCCCCCGAAGCUCCCUACAAGGAGCAAGAUCAAAUUAAAACCAUAUUCAAGUUUUUUAUCAAGCAACUGCACGGUUUGAAGGAUCCGCGGGAUCCUUCCUUCAAGCGCUACUUUUAUCUGCUGGAGAACCUGGCCUUUGUUAAAUCGUUUAAUAUGUGUUUCGAGCUAGAAGACUGCCAAGAAAUCUUUCAAGAGCUCUUCAGCACUAUUUUUAAAAUUGUAAAUGACCAGCACAGUGCCAAGGUUACUAACUUUUUUUUAGACGUGCUGAGUCCCUUGAUAACCGAGGCCGAUAAUCUAUCGGUGGAGCUGUUGGACCUCAUUCUUAUAAACAUAGUGGAGCCGUACAAAUCGAAUAAUAAGUAUGCCUGCCAUCUAACUCAGCAACUUCUCACCAAGACAGGCGAUGCGUUGGAGUCUACAAUCAAAAUGUUCUUUAAUCGUGCUUUGGUUAUGGAUAAGCCAAACACCAAACUGUCCAUUACAAACAAGAUAUACGAUAUAAUCUAUGAGCUUAAUCGCACCAAUGGAGACCUGCUGACGUCGGUGCUGCCGCAAUUGGAAAAUAAGCUACUCUCAACGGACGAUGCCGAAAGACUGAAGGCAACCACACUUUUGGCUCGCAUGUUUUCGGAAAAAGACUCUCAGCUGUCGAAAAAGUAUCAAAGUCUGUUGAAAAUCUUUUUUGGACGCUUCUGCGACAUCACAGAACCCGUUCGAAUCAAAUGCGUCCAGUCGUCUAUGCAUUUCCUUCUCAACCAUCCGCACCUACAGGCCGAUAUAACCGAGAAACUGCGUCUAAGGAAUCACGAUCUGGACGAGGUUGUGCGCCACGAAGUCGUAAUGGCUAUUGUGGAGACUGCCAAGCGCGAUUUUAAGCUAGUUUUGGAGGCACCUGAUCUUUUGGAAAUUGUCAGGGAACGGACGCUGGACAAGAAAUACAAAAUUCGUAGAGACGCCAUGAAUGGCUUGGCCUACAUCUAUAAACGGGCCAUUUGCGAGCCCAACGAUCUGAGUGCCGAGCUAAAGAAGAGCGUGGACUGGAUUAAGAAUAAAAUCCUGCACGGAUACUACAAGGUUGGUCUGGAGGAUCGACUGCUUGUGGAGCGCCUGCUGAUUACCUGCCUAGUGCCCUACAAACUGCCACCCGAGGAGCGAAUGAAGAAGUUGUACCACCUUCUAGCCGAUCUGGAUGCCAAUGCCACCAAGGCGUUUGUUGAACUGCAGAAGAACCAGAUGAAGACCCGCAACACUGUCAGCGACUGGAUCAAGCUGCACCACUCCAAAGAGUUUACGCCGCGUGUUCUCAGCCAGCUGAGCGCCAAACAGGCCACCAUUGCCAAAUUGCUACCAGAUCCCCUGAAGGCAGCCGAGUACCUAACCCAGUUCAGUACAAACCUGCGUAAAGAUGCCCAGCUCCUUCGCUGCAUCAACAUUGUCCUGAAACGCGAUGUUAGCUGUCGCGAGUGUGCCGACACCAUGGGUGCUCUGCUCAAGAAGUUGGGUGCUCACGUCCAAUCGAAUCUGUACUAUAAUACCGUCAAAAUGCUUAUAGAGCGAGUGGCCUCAGUGAUGGUGGACAAAGAGUCCAUUGGCGUUCUGAUAGGUCUUAUUGAACAAUGCAUACAGGGUGGAUCAAUGUGCGAGGAGAUUGGAAUUUCCCGACAAGAGGCGGGAGAACGAGGUCUUAAGCUAUUAAGUAUGCUUUCCUAUGUGUUCUCUGCUCACUUCUUCACUGAUACCUCACUGCGUCAUUUAAUUGCCUUGCUGAGCUACGAGCAAGAGUAUGUGGCCCCUCUGGUUCUCAAGUCCCUGACUCACCUGGGACGUUAUCAACCCUUAAUCGAUGACGUUCCGGCAAUCCUUAACGAGCUGGCCCCGGUCUGCCGGGACUUUGCACUGAUUGGUACCCCAAAGCAGGCUAAGCACGCUGUACGCUGCAUCUUUGUGAACAGUCAGUCGUCGACGGCAACUGAUGGGACAACCAGUGGAUCGGGAAGUGCGUCUACGACGACGCAAACAGUACAUCCCAUCUUUCACGAAAUCAUAGAGGCACUGCGAAUAAAAUUGACACCCAAUUGCGAGCAUCAACGCACCAAAAUUGUCACACUGGGUCACAUUGCGUAUAACAUGCCCCAAGCUUUCCUGACGCCCAUUAAGAAUAUGAUUGCUAGACGUAUAGUCAAGGAGUUGCUGAUUCAAGAAGUUCCGCAGCAGAGGGACUACGACCUGCCCGAGGACGGUGACUGGUGUGCCCAGGAGGACUUGCCCCCGGAUACACUCUGCAAACUGGAUGCGCUGAAAACCAUGGCCCGUUGGCUGCUUGGCCUGCGCACUGACGAACACGCCGCUCAAAAAACAUUCCGCAUGCUAGCCGCUUUUGUUAACCAGCGAGGCGAUCUCCUCGGCCAAAACCGUUUAUGCGGGGCCGAGAAAUCCUGGCUGCGUCUGGGUGCCGCCUGCGCCAUGCUCAAGGUGUGUGAGCAGAAAGGUGUAGGCGAUCAGUACAGUGCCGAACAGUUCCUUCAGCUUUCCCAAAUGAUGGUGGAUCCAGUACCCGAGGUUCGGGAAAUAUUUUCCCGAAAACUUCACAAAGGUCUAAGCAGGAGUUUGCCAAGAAACUGCCUGCCCUUAGACUUUAUGGGAUUGUAUGUAUUGGCUGGUCUAGAGACUGAAAGAAAAUUACAAGAUCUAGUGCGGCAUUAUACGGAAACUGAUGUGAACAAACGACGGGAAUAUCUCAAGACUGUAGCCAUGACAUCUCCCGAUAGCUCAACGGAUUCGCAAUCGCAGCAUAUUCAACCUGACUACAUGCUAGCCUUUGCCAUUCCUGUCUUGGUCAACGAUCCUCGGUACACAAAUCAUGAAGACUACGUCCAGUUGCGCAAAAUGGAGAAGUGCCUGCGUUUUAUACUAGAGCCGCUAAUGGCCAAGCGGGAGUCCUUUGUGUAUGGCUUCUAUAAGCAGCUUCUGCAGCUCAUAAAACACCGAGAGUUCAGUCAGGGCUCGGAUAAGAGUGACAAUUAUAGAAUGUGGGCUCUUUGUGAUCUCUCUAUGCACAUUAUCGACUCAAAAUUUAGCUCAUUUGAUGGCAACGCGAGCACCUUUUCCAUGCCGCUGGCAUUGCCGGAAAUGUAUUAUAAACAGCCCGCCGUUGCGAACUUCCAGAAUAACGAUAUCUACAUACCGCUGGACGUGUAUACACUGGGCGCAAAAUCGUCGAGCAAAGCCACCGCCACGUCCAUGACAACCACGCGAACUGUGGCGCCUCCAAAGAGGCCAGCCGAGCCGUCGAUAACAGAUGAUGAGGAUCCACAGGAGAACAAUCUGUUUGAUAAUAUAAGGGCAGCAGAUACCACGGAGCCCAUGGCCAAAAGAACGCGCGCAGGAGCCACUUCGGCCAAAUCAUAGGAGCAGGAGGCCGACGAAGUGGCCGAGGAGGAGGGCAGAAAAUGAAAGAUGGAGCGCAUACUUGUUAGUUUAGAUACUGUUAGACUAGGCGCCUAAGUUAACUAAAUUUUUAAGAAGUAGUUGGCCGAAGCUACGAUAGUUGUUAAACCGACACUACCUACAGAACCGACAGAAUCAUACAUCAGCCUCAGCCUCCCCUUAGCAUCAACCACCCCCAGCAUCCGGAAACUUUAGUUAGAAUUCAUCUGAUCUGAACACCAUUGUACCAUAUUCAAUUCGCAAACGAGACCAAGGCAAAUCUUUUUAAAAACCAUAUAAUGUGUCGUCUGUUUUGUUAACCUUACCUGUAACAGUUAAUAUUUAUCAUUUUAAAGUGUAUCACGUUUUAUAAUUUGA